ACUUUGGAGUGACAAAAGAUCCAAGGUCGUUCUCAACUAUUCGUUCGUUUGCUUAUUUUGGUGCGAUUCGUUUGCACACUGCAGAAAUAUAAGGGGACCGGAAAAAGGGGUAGCUACUGUCAAAACCUGUUCAUUCUUUAAUUUACCGGUGGGGAAUGUACAUGUGGGUCAAUGACAUGACGUGCAAAUUUCUGUGUCCGAGUGCAUUAUUUCCUUGUAAAAUAAUUAGAUAAAUUCAUGACAUAUAUCACGUCCUUCUAUAAAACAUAUUUAGUCUGAAUACAUAUUGAGUACAUUCAAAUAAUUUUAUUUUUUUCAUGUUUUGGCAUCUCAAACCCCCAAAAUAUCAGGUGGCGCAACUGUCCGAGCAAAGGUACAGACUAAGAAAACUAUUAAAAAUUGUAUUUUAAUGAUAAUAAUUUCAAAAUAAAAUGCUAUGGCAUGAUUUUAUGUUUGAAACCUUUCAAAUAAACCAAUUUUACAUGUACCAAAAGCUAUUGAGAUAAUUGGAAAACUUUUGUCCGUCAUUUGUAUGUUCUCAAAUGUCAGGGUGGCACAACCGUCAAUAUGGGGCUUUUAUUAUGAAAUGAAGAGGUAAUAACAGUAAACAGGAUAUUGCAUCAUCAAGAGGACCCCAAGUGACAGUUAUACCUGAGUGAAAAGGCCCUGACAGAUGAAGGGGGUGCAGAGGGUGGAUGUGGGGACAUUGCUGCAGGUCACCCAGGCUCUGGAGGCAGUGCUGGGCCCCUGCUUCGGGCCCUCCGGGGGGCAGGUCCUCUUCACCCGCGACACCGGAGACGUCCUGAUCACCAGGGACGGCCAGCAUAUCCUGAGCUCCCUCCGGCUCGACCAUCCCAUCGCCAGAGUCCUGGUGGAGUGUGUAUCAGCACACUGUGACAUCACAGGCGAUGGGGCCAAGUCCUUCCUUCUCCUGCUGGGGGCGCUGCUGCGGGGUAUCCAUGGCGACUGUCUCCGGGGCGUCCAGGUCGGCCGCACGGCGCGUGCUCUGCUCUCCUUCCAGAUGCUGGUCCUGGAUGAUGUGAUCGGGCGGAGCCUCGUCCCGCACGCUCCGCCCCUCCUCCUCCACAGCCCCACCCACCUGCGGGCGCUGACCGACGCCUACUUCCGGGGGAAGACGGCGAGCUGCCACUGGGCGGUGCUGAGCCGGACGGCUUGCGAGUUCCACCAGCGCUGGCGCUGUGGGCCGGACGGGGCGGGCCUGGCCCUGCUCUCCCGCCACCUGCCGGCUCUCCUCACGGCCGUGCCGGGCCUGCCCGUCACCCGGUCCCGCGUCCUCCGGGGCCUGCUCAUCCACCGGGAUUUUGCGGUGCUCUGCCCCGCUGCUGGUGCCGGCCCGCUCAGAGCACUGGCCGUAAGUGAGCCUCUGCAGGCCCCUCUGGCGCCCCCUGGCGUCACGCUGGGCCUGGCGAGCACGGCGCAGGUGCGGAGGUGCCUGGAGGCCGGGGCCCAGGUGGCGGACAGGGCCAUGGCCUCCCUGCGCAGGCUGGGGGUGGGGCUGCUCCUCUCCGGGGCGAAGCAGUCGGAGCCGGCGCUGGCCCUGGCGCAGCGGGAGGGUGUGUCCGUGCUGGAGUGCGUGGACCCUGACGAGCUGGCGCUCUUCUGCCACCUGGCGGGGGCCCAGCUCUUCGCCGGCCGUGACUGGAGUCUGCUUGGGGAGGAGCACGUCGCCACGGUGACGUUCUGCAAGCCCGUGGUGCUGGGCCCCGACAGGUUGGCCCAUGUGGGUUUCCCUGAGGGGCGGGGCUUGGUGCCGCACAGCCUGGUUCUGUGCGGGCCCAGUCCCGGCCUGGCGGGGCAGUGCACAACGGCCUUCCACGGACUGUUCCGGAUGCUGCAGCGUGUAUUCGAGCCCGUCCAAUCACCUCACUCGCAGGGCCCUGUCCAAUCACCUCACACGCAGGGCCCAGUCCAAUCACCUCACACGCAGGGCCCUGUCCAAUCACCUCACACGCAGGGCCCAGUCCAAUCACCUCACACGCAGGGCCCAGUCCAAUCACCUCACUCGCAGGGCCCCGUCCAAUCACCUCACUCGCAGGGCCCCGUCCAAUCACCUCACUCCCAGGGCCCCGUCCAAUCACCUCACUCCCAGGGUCCCAGCAUCAGCGACAAUGCCCAUCUGAGCACUGACGGCACAGAGACUAGAGGGCCACCGGAUAGGGGUGAGGGGCCACAGGCCCUCAUUAGGGCCCCAAGCAGGGGUGAGGGGCCUCUGUGUGCAGGUCAAAGCCAAAAUCCUUUGAUCACAGAGCCGAAAGCAGAACCCGAACUUCAAACUGUGGACUGGGUCCAAAAUGGCAAGGCACCAGGGGGGCAGCCAGGUGUCCAUUUUGGGAAUGGGAAGGAAGAAGCAUGGGGGAGCUGUGCCCUGGAAGCAGGCGCUGCCUCCUCAGGUGUUCUCAUAGCGGCAGGCAGCGUGCUGCCGGCAGGGGGGGCGUUUGAGUUCCUGCUUCACCACCACCUCCUGCAGCGGGCCUCCCAGUGUCCCUGCCCCGACCUACGUGCCGCUUGCAGGCUGGUGGCGGGGGCCGUACUGAGCCUGCCCAGGCGGUUGUACCCGGGCCGCCGCUUCCUGGAGGCCCAGGUGCACUUCUUGGGGCCCUCAGGGGCCGUAACCCCCGGCCAGGCGACUCGGGGGCUGGAGUCCCUGGCCUGUAAAUACCAGCUCCUCCUCUCCGUACUGCACACGCUCACAAGCCUGCUGUCCAUCGACCUUAUCCUGCACGCCCACGUCAGCAGCCAGGAGGAACCUAGCGAGGAAGAGGAUGAGGGCGAAGAAGGGCAUGGGGAUUGAACUGGAAGUCCUGACAAUCGUGGUCUUCAUUGGGUGUGAAUGGCUGAUUUGUUUAAGAUGGGCUGCACGGAUGGUGCAGUGGGUAGCACUGCCGCCUCACAGCAAGGAGGUCCUGGGUUCGAAUCCCGGUCGGCCACGGCCUCUCUGUGCGGAGUUCGCAUGUUCUCACUGUGUCUGCAUGGGUUUCCUCCCACAGUCCAAAGACAUGCAAGGUAGGCUGAUUGGAGAGUCUAAAUUGCCUGUGUGUGUGAGUGAAUGGUGUGUGUGCUCUCCGAUGGACUGGCAACCUGUCCAGGGUGUAUUCCUGCCUUUCGCCCAAAGUGUGCUGGGAUAGGCUCCAGCCCCCCUGCGACCCUGUUCAGGAUAAGCGGGUUCAGAUAAUGGAUAGAUGGAUGGAUGGAUGAUAUGUUUAAGGAUUUAUCCAUGGUGCAGGUCCAAUGUGAUGGUAUAUUUUUACCUAAAUAUGUGAAAUGUAUCUACAUUAGGGGAACAGUGUAGUACUAUAUUCAUCCCCUUCACGCAAGCCCCCUAGUGGCCAUGGUGCCAGCGGCCUGAGCCUGCUCAACUCAGACAUUCAGUGCUCUGGCGACCAAACCAAAAAUGUGGGGAAGCAAAAAAUAAUAACCAGUUUCAUUUUAAACAAAGACAUGUAAAUGAUGCACCUACUGCCCAGUCUCACCUAUCUGGGAACAUGAACUCAAGGAUAAAUAUAAACAUUUCACAGCCUCAAAUUUGUAUUUCAUCAUACUGUAGCAGGAAGAUGAAGCCAAAAAUAGCCUGAAUGUAUUCCAUUACAGUAGUGAAAAAAACUGUUCACUGACUUGUGAAAUAAACCAGGGGAAUUCUUGUGCAAUUAUACCAUGUUCUUCUAUUAAUAUCUGCUACUAAAUCUGGAAUAAAUAUAUGAUCUUACUAUUGGUUUUACUAGAUGUCCCUUUGUAGAUGCAGUGGGCAUUUUUUGCCAAGGAGUUUUAGUAAUUUUAGGAGUUUUCUUUUUGUAAAAUGUUCUUUUCAUGCCAACUUUGCAUUGCUAAAGUCAAUUAUAUCCAUCCUGACAUGGAUUUGGGGGAGUGAAUUAGAAGCAGAUAAGGAAGUAUGAACUCAAGGAUAAUGCGAGCAUGGUGAAUAUCCAAAAACAUUUUUACUUUAUUACACCUACUUAUUAAUGUGAUUAUCUAAUCAGCAAAUUGUGUGGCAAUAGUGCAAUGCAUACAAUGAUGUUGAUACGGGAGGAGCUUCAGUUAAUGUACACAUGAACGAUCAGAAUGGGAGAAAAAAAAUUUGAUCUCAAUGACUGACCGUGGAAUGUUGGUGGCAGACAGGGUGGUUUGAGUAUCUCAGAAACUGCUGAUGAUCUGGGAUUUUCACUCACACUAGUCUAGUUUUCAAAGAAUGGUGCAAAGAAUUCAGUGAGUAGCAGCAAGCAUUUUGAUGCUUUAUAAUGAAUAAUGAACAAACUUAUCACCCCCAGCUUUUGCACACUUGUGGUCAAGGAGUUUAUGAUUCAGAAGAUUACAUUUUCUCAUUAUUUCAUUGCAAAAUAAAGGAGAACAAUUGAAUUAGCAUUUUCUCCUACUUUGUUUACAAUGGCUUGCUUUUCUUCCAAAGACAGCUCUCUGGUCUUCACCUUUAUAUUCAUGAUCACAAGCCAUGAUUCAGAACAUGGCCUCUCUGAAACUCGCAUGAUCCAACAUGACUGUAGAGUAAAGCAAACCGCCACCCAGUCAGAUUGGCUAUUGCAGGUUGCCGUUCAAGGUUCCAUUGUUGUUCCCCUCACAUUACAUGAUUUUGUUGUAAUAUCAAAUAUGUUUCAUAUUUGUGAUUUGGAGGUGACCUAAUCUGUAAUCCCAAAUAAUGUUGGGACUCCAAUGUUGCACAUUCAGGCUCAUUUGUAUUUGCUAUUUUACAGAUUGAGAUCAUACUUUUUUUGAUUUCUGUAAUUUUGCAAUGUUUCUUGCUACUCCUGCGAAAUGGUCAAGUGUGAGACAUGCCCAUGACAGGUCACACAACCAAUCUCAAAAAAGAUUAUAAAUUGAAAUAAACCAUUGUGUUUGUGUC